CUACGGGCUUGGUCUGAACGGUUUCACAGGGCCGUGGCUUAGGCACGGGAAUGUCUGGUGGACUCUUGCUGGUGGCUGUCCCUGGGCCCUUCGGGUCUCCCAUCUCAGCCCCGAUUGGGCACGACCCCGCUGAACUUCCCCGACACCUCUCCUGCCCGCUUGGCCGGGGUGCGGCCUUCCCUGACGGCUGCCCUCACUCAAGAUGGCGGCUGGCGCCGGAAGCGGAAGGGGGGCGCUGGGCGCGGCCGCACGUGGAGCCGGGUCCAGCAUGGCGCGGAGCGGGAGGCUCCGGUCCGGAGCCGCGGCCAAGCUGAAGCGCUGGCGCAAGGGCCACAGCAGCGACUCCAACCCCGAGACCCGCCAGCAUCGUCUGGCUGCCCGCAGCCGCUUCUGCAGCCGGCCGGCGGAGAAAAGUAACUUGACAGUGGAUGCAGUGAAGCUGCACAAUGAGCUGCAGUCGGGGUCCCUGCGUCUGGAGCGGGCGAGUGACAGUGCUCAGUUCCGUAUGGAGGAGGACAGUGCUGAAGAAGCUGCCACAGAGAAGUCCUCUGGCACCUUCCUGAGCGGGCUGAGCGACUGCACUAACGUCACCUUCAGCAAGGUGCAGCGCUUCUGGGAAUCCAACUCUGCUGCUCACAAAGAGAUCUGUGCAGUGCUGGCGGCCGUGACAGAGGUGAUCCGCUCCCGGGGGGGCAAGGAGAGCGAGACAGAAUACUUUGCUGCACUGAUGACCACGCUGGAGGCAGUGGAGUCCCCUGAGUCACUGUCUGCUGUCGCCUACCUGCUUAACCUUGUCCUAAAGCGGGUCCCAAGUCCUGUUCUUAUUAAAAAGUUCUCAGAUGCUUCAAAAGCCUUUGUGAGUAUCGUGUCCUCACAGGCCUGCAGCAGCUCCACCUCUGCCCUGCGAUGGGUCCUCUCUUGCCUGGCCACACUGCUACGGAAGCAAGACUUGGCAGCCUGGAGCUACCCCAUCACUCUGCAGGUCUAUCAUGGUUUGCUGAGCUUUUGUGUUCAUGCCAAGCCCAAGGUGCGGAAAGCAGCACAGUAUGGCGUGUGCUCUGUCCUGAGGGGCAGCGAGUUCAUGUUUGGUGAUGCAGCGCCUGAGCAUCACCCUGCAGCACCCUCCACUGCCAAGUUCUGUGUGCAGGAGAUUGAAAAAGCUGGAGGUGCCAAGGAAGCCACCACCACCCUGCAUGUCCUUGCCUUGCUGCGGGAUGUGCUGCCCUGCUUCCCUGCAGCUGUGGUGAAGACCUGCUGUGAGACCUUGCUCCGAGUCAUGACCCUCAGCCAUGUGCUGGUGACAGCAUGUGCCAUGCAAGCUUUCCACAGCCUCUUCAGUGCCCAGGCCAGUGUGGCCUGCCUGUCAGCUGAGCUCAAUGCCCAGAUCAUCACUGCUCUCUAUGACUAUGUGCCCAGCACGAGUGACCUGCAGCCGCUGCUCACCUGGCUGUCCACCAUGGAGCGGGCACACAUCAACCUGGCCAGGCUGCAGAAGGACCUGUGCUGGGCUCACCUGCCCCGGUUCUUCUCUGCUGCCAUGAACUGCUUCCUCUCCCCACACUCCCAGGUGGUGACAGCAGCAGCACAGAUAUUGGAGACCCUCCUGAGUGAGUGCAUUGCUCCCCACAUGGAGGACAUGGGCACUGUGUCAGCAUCUGCCCCAGCCCCUGCUUCCUACCUGUGCAAGAUGUUCAGAUCAGUGGAGGAAGGGCUGACAUAUCGUUUCCAUGCAGCGUGGGGUGAAGUUCUGCGAGUGUUGGAGAUCUUCUUUGAGACAUGUGGGAAGCAGUGCCAUCCCAUCAUGAGGAAGUGUCUCCAGUCCUUGUGUGACCUGCGUCUCUCCCCACACUUCCCCUACACUGCUGAAGUGGACCAGGCAGUGGGGGCUGCUGUCAGCUCCAUGGGACCCGAGGUGCUACUGGAAGCUGUGCCCCUGGAGAUCAAUGGCAAGGAGGAGACGCUGGAUUUCCCCCGCAGCUGGCUCCUGCCAGUGCUGCGGGACAACGUGCAGGGUGCACAGCUUGGCUUCUUCACCAGUUACUUUUUGCCUUUGGCAGCCACCCUGAAAAGCAGAGCCCUGGAGUUUACCCAGGCUGGGAAGAGUGUGGAGGCCAAGAUCUAUGAUACGCUGCAGUGGCAGGUCUGGACUCUGCUGCCUGGCUUCUGCACCCAUCCCACAGAUGUGCUGGGGGCCUUCAAGGGGCUGGCCCGCACCCUGGGCAUGGCCAUCAGCGAGCGCCCAGACCUGCGCCCCACCGUGUGCCAGGCCUUGCGCACCCUCAUCCACAAAGGCUGCGAGACAGAUGCAGAGCGUGCAGAAGUGGGUCGCUUUGCCAAAAAUUUCCUGCCCAUCCUGUUCAACGUGUACAGCCAGCCUGAGGAGGACGGGGGCAAAAGUGCUCAGCGCCGCUCUGUGCUGGACACUGUCCGUGCUUACCUGACCAUCACAGAUCCUCAGAUGGUGUGCGGAUUCCUGGAGAAAGCCAGUGCAAAGCUGACCAGUCCUGAGAGUUCUGAGUUCACCAGACUCUCCAUCCUGGACCUGGUAGUGGCAAUGGCACCCUAUGCAGAUGAGCAGUCCCUGGACUCCCUGUACCGUACCAUCCAGCCUUCCCUCCAGAGCAAAGAGCGCAGCAUGCAGAAGAAGGCGUAUCGCGUGCUGGAGGAGGUGUGUGCCGCUCCCCACGCUCCCUGCCAGGCCUUUGUCCGCUCCCACCUCCAGGACCUGCAGGCAGCGCUGCUGGACUCGCUCAAGAGCGCAGCAUCCCCGGCCAAGAGGCCCCGGCUGAAAUGCCUGUUCCACAUUGUGAAGCAGCUGUCUGCAGAGCAUGAGCCUUUUGUCACUGCCCUGGUGCCAGAGGUCAUCCUAUGCACCAAGGAGGUGUCAGUGGGGGCCCGCAAGAACGCCUUCAUGCUGCUCGUGGAGAUGGGGCAUGCUUUCAUCCGCUUUGGACCCACCCCUGAAGAGGCUAUGCAGCGGUUCCUGCUCCUGAUCUACGUGGGGCUCACGGGCUCAGUCACCAUGAUCAGCUGCACUGUGCUGGCACUGACUCGCCUGUUCUUCGAGUUCAAAGAUCACCUGGAGUUCAGUGUGGUGGAGCAGCUCCUGCAGAACAUCUGCCUGUUGCUGGCCUCCCGCACACGGGAUGUGGUCAAGGCAGCCCUGGGAUUCCUGAAGGUCACACUGCUGCUGGUGGACACCAAGCUCCUGGGCAAGCAUGUCCAGACAAUGCUGGAAGCUGUGGGGAACCUUUCAGAUGACAUGAGACGCCAUUUCCGUAUGAAUCUGCGAAACCUCUUCAUCAAGUUCAUCCGCAAGUUCGGCUUUGAGCUGGUAAAGGGGCUGCUGCCAGUUGAGUACCAUAAGGUGCUGGUGAACAUCCGCAAGGCGGAAUCCCGGAGCCGCAAGCAGCGUGCCCUGAAGAAGGCAGCUGCAGAUGUGGAGGAGGAGGAGGCACCACCACCACAGCCCAGAGGAGACAGUAUGGAGGAGAUCCUGGCUGACUCAGAGGAUGAGGAGGAGGAAGAGGAGGAGCGGCAUCGGAGCAAGGAGUGGAGGAAGCAAGCACGGCAGAAAGGCCAGGCAUGGCUCAAGGAAGGGGAAGAUGAUGAGCCCCUCAACUUCCUGGACCCCAACGUGUCCCAGCGGGUACUGGCCACCAAGCCAGGCCCCAAGCGGUCCAGAGGAGUGAGCCAUGAUUUCCAGAUGUCUGAGGAUGGACGCCUGAUCAUCCACGAAGAGGAAGAGGAGCUGGAUGAUGAUGAAGCCAAAGGAGCAGAUGAGGAGAUGGCAGAUGUGCUGCAAGAUGUGGGACUCCGCAGUAAGAAAAGUCAGAAGCGUCGGUUCAGAGAGGAGCCAGACGAUGAGGAAGCUGAGGCCGGAACCUGUUCUCAGUAUAGAGCUGGAGGCUCUGGGAUCCAUCGGCCGCUGAACAAGGAGCCAGCCUUCGGUGCAGAGUACAGAUCCAAGAAAGGCAAAGGUGAUGUGAAGAAGAAGGGCCAACUCGACCCCUAUGCCUACAUCCCCCUGAACAGAGCUAAACUCAACAGAAGGAAGCGGGCGAAAAUGCAGGGCCAGUUCAAAGGCCUGAUGAAGGGAGCCCAGCGUGGGGCCAAGGCCGGCCGCAGGAACCGUGCGAAGUCCCAGCGCUCCUGAGGACACGCAGGCGCUCGACCUGCCCCUACCCAAGGACACAGCAUCGUGUUCGUGGAACAGCUGGGAGUCCUCUCGACGUGACCUCCGUUUGUUUGAGACUGCCUGGGAAGCCACUGAUGUAUUAUGGACUGAUGGCCCUUCUGUGCCUGGAGAAAGAUCUUGCUGGGUUGCCUGGACAGGCAUGGGUGUGAGUGUGUGAGAGCAAGUAAUAUGUAAAGAAUUGUCUCUAUUGAUAAAUACCCUCUGUUCUUACCCUCUUAGCCCAGAUUCCUCCUCUCCUUCCCUUCAGAUCUUGCAUAACUGUGCUGUACCUCCUGUCCAUGUGCAGUGGGUCCUUCUGCCGCUGCAGGGCUGCAUCCUGCAGGGUUGCAUUCUGCAGGGCUCACACCAGCAUCUGCCUGGAUGUGGAACCAGAGCUCUCUCACCCACACUGGGCUUGCCUGGAGGCUGCCAGAAGCAGCACUGUGGCCCAGAGCAGUGGGGCACAUGUGCAGUAGGGCUGAGGCAUGGAGCUGGCUAUAGAACAAAGCCAACAGAGAGGAGAGGCUAUAGAUGAGCCAACAGAGAACAAACAGAGAGGAUGAAGUCCUUACAACCAGCUUUCUUUAACAAACUCCUUGGCAGGCUCUUCUGCCCAAAACCAUGGCCAGGGAAUCUGUGCCAUGUGGAAAGUACCUGCCAUUUGGCCACUAGACAGUUUUCCCAUAUUAGCCAUGCCUGAUGGCAGGGCAGGAACAGUUCACUGCAAUUUCUUCAAACUGACUGGAAAACUGCUACAGGAAACCUUUGUGCCUUGCGAUUUCUCUUGUCUAUGAGAGCUGAGAGAAGCCCUAUGCUCUGGCCACUUCCUGCCAGCUAGACCUGAGCAGCACAAGUAAUCCUGAACCUUUUCAGCUACUCAGCCCUGUUUCAUUGACCUGAGAAUCAGGCUUUACCCAGUUACUUCCAUGCUGAGCACAAAAGAUGGUGUUUGGCCAAAGUGUGCUGAAGAGAGUGGGGCUGGGGGUAGAGGAUACAGGUCCCAUUGCUCACACUGCAAAGAACAUGUGUUGGUGAAUGUAGCUGGCUUUCCCUUCCUCUUCCAUAUUAAAAAGCCUUCAGCCCUUUGUAAUUUCCUAUUGUGGCAGCUUACAUGCUGGAAUUGCAACGCUUCUCAGUUCUCUAAUAAGCUAAAGGGAUUGUGCUUGUUCAGCCUCUUACUGCAGGCUUCUUUCUGGAGGCUGCAAAUCCAGUUUUGUGGCUUUCUUAUGCUUUUUUUUUUUUUCCCUCCAAGAUCCUUUUAAAAGCCUGGGAUGGAGGAGGAGCUCUUGUAUUGAUACUGAUCCUGCCUUGUCAGGAAUGCUGUUCCCCUUGUGCUUUCCCACCCAGGGCUCUCAGUGGGACCCUUGAGCCCCAGAACCAUGUUGAGGUGCUGCUGCUUGUCCUGCCAGAAGGGAGCUCACAGCCUGGCCUACGGGACAGGCUUCUCCAGCAGCACCUCGUGAGCAGGAGCUACACCCAUCUUCUUCUGCUGCCUGCAGCCUGGGCCUGAUGCCCUCCCUCUCCUGGGAGCAGGACUGGGGGAGACAGGCAGCAGUCACCUGAGACACCCACACCUGUAACCUGUGGCUCUAGGCCCAGCAGAGCUGUCUGUCUUCUGCUUUCCCUUCUCUCUUUGGAGACAGGGCCUGGAGAAGGCUGUAGCUAAUUUAUCUGGGCGCUGCAGCUUACUCACCCCAUUGUUCUUCAUUUGCAUGUUGUUGCUUAAAUUAGUGCCUGCCUGCAUGGAACAGAAGAGUUUUAUUAGAACAGAGGAUGGUGUUCGUCUGAGCCAGAAUCCAGAGAACAGAUUCUACUGCAACAACAUCUUGUUAAUCAGCUAAUUAAUCAUGUAAUGAAAUGGAAACUCUCUGCAAGGAGAUGUCAUCCUGCCUGAGAAGGCUGGCUGCGAGUCAAGCCUCCUCCCCACCAGCAGCUGUCCCUGGCAGGGAGCAGAGUUACAUCUCGGGGGCCCUCAGGAGCCUGAGCACGUCUCUCUGACAUGGGGCAGGGUGAGAGGUGGUGUGGCUCAUGCCUCCUGCAGCUAUCUGCCACAACAGUUUUGCAGUUACCCAGGGAGAGGCACAAGUUGGGGACUUGGAGACAUGCUUGGCUUUUGCUGCUCAAGCUAGGAGGUGGCUUGAAGGCUAUUUCUUCACUCAGCAGGAUCUUAAACCAUGCAAUAUGGGUACUUCUUCCCACACUGCCAGCAUUGAGCUACACUUGUGCAUGACAUUGUCACAAAGGGUUCUUAAACCUUGCAGAUACUUGCUUGAGGAGAGGCUGGCACGACUAACAGGUUGCCCCCCAGUGCUGUAGUUGCAAAUACCCACACUGAUUCUUAAAGCUUAAAAUCAGGGACAGAUGUGCCCCAUGGGGCUGUGCUCACCCAACAUCCAGAUGGACCUCCCCAUCCUUCAAGCACAGGGCAGCACCUUUCAGGGUCCUCCCGUUCAGAGCUGGGAUUCCUCACACGGGUGCUGCAGGGAUGGGAAAACCCUCCUGGGGACAGCAGUGUAAGAGGAGCUUUGGUGUUUAAGCUGAAAUGAUUAGCAGAAAGAUAAUUAAGUGUGGAGUUUUAAAAUGCCAAGGGACCACUCCAGCUGAAAUCCAGUCAAUUAAAAAAAUAUUACAUUAAUUCCUAGUUCCCUCAACACUCCAAUCUAGAGUUUCAAUUGUUUAUUAUAAGUUGUCUUUAGUUGCAACCUGAGCACUGCAAGUGCAGCAAGUGUGCAGGGCCACAGCAACCCUGGCUGUGAGCACGACAAGUGCUUUUACCUACAAAGGGGAAAAAAGGGGGAAUAAAACUGC